AUGGCGGAAAAGGUUGAAGAGGCAGGCACUGCUCCUGUCGCGACAACUGCUCCGUUCCAUGACUCCUCCCCAGCCGCUCACGACGGACCCCAAGAACUCGUUCUCCCCGGCGGAUGGAAGUACAAGGUCCUGAACCAGAAGCACCACGUCUGGUAUGCUUCCCCAAAAUUCCAAUUGGUCAUGGUUGCAUUGGUCUGCUUCCUUUGCCCCGGAAUGUUCAACGCGCUUGGUGGUAUGGGUGGAGGUGGAAAGUCUGACGCGACACUCGCCGACAAUAUGAACACUGCACUUUACAGCACCUUCGCCGUCUUCGGUUUCUUCGGUGGAACCUUCGUCAACAAGCUCGGUGUUAAGCUUACUCUGUCCUUCGGUGGUGUCGGCUACUGCAUUUACACUAUCAGCUUACUUGCCUCCGAGCAUGCCUAUGUUGGUGGCUUCAACAUCUUCGCUGGGGCUCUUCUCGGUAUCUGUGCUGGUUUGUUGUGGACUGCCCAAGGCACUAUCAUGAUCUCCUACCCUCAUGAAAUCUCUAAGGGCCGAUACUUCGCCUGGUUCUGGGCAAUCUUUAACAUGGGCGCUGUCAUUGGCAGUCUGAUCCCGCUCGCUCAGAAUAUCCACCAGACUGAUGCCGGCACUGUUAGCGACGGUACCUACAUUGGCUUCAUUGUGCUCAUGUUCCUCGGCGCUGUCCUUGCUCUACUCCUUUGCAACGCUAAGGAUAUUAUUCGGCCAGACAACACCAAGGUCGUGUUGAUGAAGAACCCAUCUUGGCAGACCGAGUUCAAGGGCCUUUGGGAAACCUUGGAAUUUGAACCAUAUGUCAUCCUUCUCUUCCCAAUGUUCUGGUGCUCCAACUGGUUCUACACCUACCAACAAAACGCUGUUAACGCUGCCCGGUUCGACGUUCGUACUAGAGCUUUGAACGGCCUUCUCUACUACGCAGCACAGAUCAUUGGUGCAUUGAUUCUAGGCUACGCUCUUGACAUCGAGAAGUUCCGCCGCUCUGUUCGUGCCAAGGCUUGUCUCGCCAUGCUCUAUGUUGCCACCAUGGCCAUUUGGGGAGGUGGAUACGCUUACCAAAACUACACUCGCUUUGACGUUGAUCACUCUCUCAUUAAGGGCACUGAUCAGCCUGUCAAUCCCAACGCUCUCAAGCCAGUUGACUGGGCUGACUCUGGCUACGUCGGACCAAUGUUCCUGUACUUCUUCUACGGCCUCUACGACUCUCUCUGGCAAGCUUCGGUCUAUUGGUUCAUGGGCGCUCUUUCCAACUCUGGACGCCGCUCUGCCAACUACGUCGGUUUCUACAAGGGCAUUCAGUCGGCCGGCGCAGCUGUCAUGUGGUCCCGCGACUCUCACAAGAUGACCUUCAAGGCCGAGUUCAUUUCCAACUGGGUCCUACUCAUGGUAGCCCUCGUCUGUGCCACCCCUGUCAUCUUGAUGAAGAUCCACGACACCGUUCUCCUCGAAGAUGAUCUUCAGGGUACGGACGAGACUGCCGAAGACGUGAUCCUUGAUCUUCACAACAAGGAGGCUAUUGGUGGUGCUUAA